GCUAGGUUCUUACUUGAGAUGGGCUGGAAAAUCAAACACAGAUGGAACUGGCACCUUUUUUAGUACUUUAUUUUCAUGAAAACUAAAGUUUUCUCUUCUUAUAGCAUGAUCUGUAGGUAUCCUAAAAAUCCAGAUAUUUUCUCGAAGUACCAAUUAACAGGUAAUUCUAUCACAAAAAUGAAUGAGAUGAUUAAAACCAACCUGUGAAACUUCAUUUUCACAUCUUUUCUGAGUCUUAAACAAAUAUCAC